AUGUCUGAUACUAUUUAUGACAAUGUAAUUGGGACUGAGACUGAGGGAAUCAACAGAGAGAGAGUGGAGAUGACGGUGGCUAUCUAUGAGAUUGCAGAUUCUGAAAAGAAAGAAUUAUUAUCCAAAAAUGACAAUUUAAUGAAACAAAGUGAAAAGUUAAAUCAAGAGAACAAUGACCUGCAGAAACGUCUUGGUGAAAUGGAGAGAUGGAAGUGCUAUCAAUCCAGUCUUUUCUAUUUAUCUUCUGAGAGGAAGAGCUGGACUGAGAGCAGAAGAUACUGUACAGAGAGAGGAGCAAAUAUGAUCAUCAUAAACAACAGAGAGGAACAAGAAUUUGUUAGGAAAUGGUCUGAUAAAGACAGAGUCUGGAUUGGUCUGACUGACAGGGAUGUGGAGGGCACAUGGAAAUGGGUUGAUGGCAGCACACCGACCUCUGGGUUCUGGAUGUCUGCAGAGCCGGGUGGAUAUAGAGGAGAGAACUGUGCUCUAACUGUUGUAGGAGAAUGGGCUGAUCAUCCAUGUACAGAGGAAUUUCAUUGGAUGUGUGAGAGGAGCACAGUGAAGAUUUCUGGCACUGGAGUCUAUAUUGGUCUGACUGAUAUUGAUGUGGAGGACUCAUGGAAAUGGGUUGAUGGCACCAACAUGACCUCUGGAUGA